GGGUUUUAAAUAAACUGAAUAAUCUGCUUGUGUGUUUCAUGAAGCAACAAAUGUGGUUUUGGUUUUCAUAUUUUGUAAUUAUUGUAAUAUUUUUAGUAAUAUUGGUCUGCAGAAUUUUAUCAAGAAAGCAGCUGUCAAAGCUCAGCAGGCGGCCGCCUCCGUUUCGCAACACUGCUCCCCUGUAACGACACAACCUACAACAACACCAUCCACAACAACAAAGGCAAUAACAUACCCGAAGACAAAUUGCAAGUUGCACGUUUUUUCUAAUCGGCCAAAGAUGAUAAGCCGGACAACGGCAACAUAACCCCAGUCGCCAGUCGCCGUGCAUCGAGGCAUCUUUUCUCUCAAACCGAUAGCCGAUAGGCCGAAAGUACAAAAUUCUCCAAAAUUUCAAAGGAAGCCAAUGUGACAAGUGUGUGAGCUGAAAGUAAUAGCGGAGGAACAUAAAUAUCGCCGCUGCCUCUGCUGCCGCUGUCGCUGCCACUGAGUUGUUAUGCAAGCGGGCGGCAGACAGCUACCCAAAUUGAAUUAGCCGGCAUGCUUCUCAAUCGAUUUGUGUCAGCAAUUAAAAACCAGUCGAAGGAGACCCUGCGCGCCUGGAGCUACCAGUGCGAGUCGAUCUUCGCGCAGCGCUCGCGGCGCAUCCAGCAGCUGCUGAGCUUCUACCAGUCGGUCUACGGGACCCAGGGCCUGAAGCAACUAUGGCGAGCCUACUACCGCCGGGAGCUGCAGCCGCCUUUGCGGGGCAUGAUUAUGAGUGCGGUGGGCCUGAUGGGUCUGAACAUCAAGCGCCUUGGCAGCGAUGGCUUUGACUGGAACAAGGAGCGUCUGUCGCUGGCCAACUUCGAUCUGUGCCAUCGGGACAUUGAGUUUAUCAACACUCUGACCCAGAACCAACUAUGCGACCGAUGCCAGGCCAAGAAAAUGAAAUACUGCUACUGCCAGCUGGGAAACCAGCGUUGUCGCAAGUCCCAGUCCGCUAAGAGCCCAUCCACAUCUACGUCGCCGUCGACCAGCAAGGAGACCGAUGAAAGCAUCGGCUACUGCCAGAAGUCGAUGGACUUGGACGUGCGCGGUGCCCCGGCUGGAUCAGUUCGCAUCCAGGCCCAGGAUGACCAUUCGUGGGAACCGUACUUCAGCAAGAACGAGUUCAGCAUAUGGCGGCGGGAGGAGCGCUCGUCCCUUUACUCAUACAAGGUUUAUGCUCGAUUCGACGACAUUACGGCCGACGAUUUCCUCCAUGUGCAAACUGACCUGGACUACCGCCGUCAGUGGGACGACACUGCUCUUAGACUAGAGCUCAUCAGCGAGGACCCUGUGCCGGGAAGCAACUCUCACCUAAUCUAUUGGGAGAUGCAGUGGCCGCGGUUGUUUGCCAACCGUGAUUAUGUUUAUUGUCGGCGCUACAUUAGGGAUGACAACAAGAAGCUCAUUUUCAUCUGCAACCGCGGCGCCAAACACAACACUUAUCCAGCCUUGUCUGGAAAAGUGCGGGUCACUGACUAUUGGAGCCUCAUGGUCAUCAAACCCUUCCGAGGGUUUCACGAGCCAGGCUUGCACUUUGUGCUCACCUACUACGAUGAUCCCGGCGUACCCAUUCCCCAAAACAUAAAAUCGUGGGUGACGCAAAAGCAGAUGCCCGAGUUUCUUACCAAAAUGUACGUGGCCACCAAGAACUAUGCAUGCUCCAGGGCCAUCAAGAUGAAGGACAUGUUCAAUGGCUUUUCCCUGAUCAACGAAGACUACACAGCCAAUGCUCAGCGAGGCAGCUGGCUGGGCAGCUUGGGCCGGCGCAAGGUGAACCGCGGCAGCGAAGCAGAGCGCUGAUAAGUGCUUCCUUUCCAAACCCCAUCCUUAUUAAACCCUUCCCACACACUCCCAAGUUUCAUCUUCGGUUCCAUUCACCUGCGACUCUAUAAACAACUAUUCAGGAGAGAAUACCACUUCUAGCAUUAGAAACUAUCAAAUCGAACCACAGAACUACAGAGCAAGUGUGCAAUAGCUGUUGGCAUUUCGCGCUCAUAGAAUGUGUGCCACACGGAUGGGAUACCUUAAAUAUACUGAUUGUAUCUAACUAUUAAAUACAUAAUAUCUUAAGUUUAGAAAUUGUUUUAAAAGCAAAUAGAAAAUAUGGAAAUUACUUGUACAAUAAAGGAAAUUCAGAAUAUAUA